AUGCUACUUCUUCCAAUAGUCAUGUUGAUUGUUAAUUAUGCUCUCAUGAAUCCAAACCAAAGUAUUAAGGCCUCGUUUGUUAAUCAAACUAAGCAAAUGAAUGCCGAAUAUCAUGUUCGUGUAAACACAUCCCUUGUAGCUACUAAGUUUCUUUUGAGGUGUGGCAUGCCAUUUAGAGGGAGUGACGAGUCUCUUAACUCUUUAUUUAAGGGGCCAUUUCUUGAGUUGGUGGAUACUUUAAAGGAAAUUAACCCGGAGAUAGCUAAUGUAAUUAAUUGUGCUCUGGGAAAUAACCUUAUGAUUGCCCCUAAGAUUCAAAAGGAUCUUGCCGCUGCUUGUGCAUGUGAAAUAACUCAACAAAUUAUAUGUGAUAUUGCGGAUGAUGUGUUUUGUGUUUUGAUCGAUGAAUCUGGUGAUGUUGCUGGUAAAGAACAAAUGGCUGUUGUUAUUCGCUAUGUUGAUAAUGAAGGUUUGGUAAAAGAAAGGUUUCUUGGCAUUGUAAGUGUUAAAGAAACAAGUGCUAAGUCACUUAAGGAGGCACUUGAGAAGUUUUUGUCUAUUAAUGGCUUGAGUAUAUCUAGCAUUAGGGGACAAGGGUAUGACAGGGCUAGCAAUAUGAGAGGUAAGUUUGGUGGUUUGAGAACUUUAAUCCAAAAUGAGAACCCAUCUGCUUAUUAUGUGCAUUGUUUCGCCCAUCAACUUCAAUUGACACUUGUUGCAUGUGCUAAGACUCACAAAGAUGUUAGUGGUUUUUUUGGUAAGGUCAAUAUGCUUGUUAAUUUCAUUCGAUCUUCUAAUAAGAGACAAGAAUUACUUUGGGACAAACAAGUAGCUCAGUUUGCUAAAUUGAUUGAAGAGGGCCAAAUAGAAACUGGUAGUGGGUUAAACCAAGAAUCAUCUAUUGCUAGAGCGGGUGACACUCGUUGGGGUUCCCACUUUAGGACUCUCACUAGUUUGAUGACUUUGUAUGGUGCCAUUAUUGGGGUACUUGAAGAAGUUGGAAAUGAUACGUCAUUUAAAAAAUAUGGUGAAACUAUGCUUUUGUUAGAUGUGCUUCAAUCAUUUGAUUUUAUCUUCAUGUUAUAUAUGAUGGUUGAGAUUUUAGGAUUUACAAAUGAUUUGAGUGUAGCGUUACAAAAGCUUGAUCAAGAUCUUUUGAAUGCUUUGUCACUUGUCAAUGCUACCAAACAAUAA